UUUUUUUUCCGGUUGUUAGCUCUCGCAGGCCCCUCCCUGCCUGGGCCUUGCGACCCCCGCCCCCCGCCCCCGCGGCCCCCCGCCGCUGGGCCUUCCGCCACCAUGAAGAAAUUCUUCCAGGAGAUCAAGGCCGACAUCAAGUUCAAGAGCGCGGGUCCCGGUCAGAAGCUCACGGAGUCGGUGGGGGAGAAAAUCCCCAAAGAAAAAGCUAGGCAGCCGGCGCACCGGCAGCCUCGCCAGGGACCCACCGAUGAGGCGCAGAUGGCGGCCGCAGCGGCGCUGGCCCGGCUGGAGCACAAGCAGCCCAGGGCCCGGGGCCCCACGUCACAGGACUCCAUCCGGAACCAGGUGAGAAAGGAACUUCAAGCUGAAGCGGCUGUCAGCGGGAUCCUGGAGGCCCCAGGGACCAGUGUGGUACCUGAGCCUAACGAGGAAGGCCCGGCCCACUUGGAGGUGCCUGGAGUGUGCUUCACCUGCCCGCUCACAGGGGCCACCCUGAGGAAGGACCAGCGGGACGCCUGCAUCAAAGAGGCCAUCCUCUCGCACUUUUCCACUGACCCCGUGGCUGCCUCCAUCAUGAAGAUCCACACGUUCAACAAAGACCGUGACAGGGUGAAGCUGGGCGUGGACACCAUCGCCAAGUACCUGGACAACAUCUGCCUGCAUCCUGAGGAGGAGAAGUACCGGAAGAUCAAGCUGCAGAACAAGGUGUUCCAGGAGCGCAUUAACUGCCUGGAAGGGACCCAUGAGUUUUUUGAGGCCAUCGGCUUCCAAAAGGCACUGCUUCCGGUUCCUGACCAGGAGGGCCCUGAGGAGUUCUACGUGCUGAGCGAGGCCGCGCUGGCCCAGCCCCAGAGCCUGGAGAAGCACAAGGAGCAGCUGCAGAGCGCCGAGCCCGUGCGGGCCUCCCUGGCCCGCCAGCGCCGGCUCUUCCGGCCUUCGCCUCUGGCCUCCCAGUUCGACCUGCCCAGGGACUUCUUCAACCUCACGGCGGAGGAGGUCAAGCGGGAGCAGAGGCUCAGGUCCGAGGCUGUGGAGCGGCUGAGCAUGCUGCGGACCAAGGCCAUGCGGGAGAGGGAGGAGCAGCGGGAGAUGCGCAAAUACACCUACACGCUGCUGCGGGUCCGCUUCCCCGACGGCUGCCUCCUGCAGGGGACCUUCUAUGCCCGAGAGCGGAUGGCGGCACUCUACGGGUUUGUGCGGGAGGCCUUGCAGAAUGACUGGCUCCCUUUUGAGCUGCUGGCCUCGGGUGGGCAGAAGUUGUCAGAGGACGAGAACUUGGCCUUCAACGAGUGUGGGCUGUUUCCCAGCUAUAAAAUGGGAAUUGGCAAGUGUUGAGUUCCCUGAGCUGCAAAACCCAGAUGGGACUGGAAAUGCAGACCUACCAGGGAGCAAGCCAGAGAGGUGGAGAGUGGUUAGACCCCGAUGCCAGGAGGUCGGCAGGUAAGAGGCCUGGGCAGGAAUUCCCACCAGGUCAUCAGAGGCCCCUGCUGUGGGAACGGGCUGACUGCACCUCCUCACCGUCACUGGUGAGGAGCAGCCCAGGCGAGUGUGGUACUCGCUCAGCGUGAAGAAUGAGCAGGAAGACCUGAGCGCCAUUACAUCAAGGCUGGAGCACAGCUCAGAGGUC